GUCUUUGUAUUUGGAGUAAUAAGAAGUAGCAUCUUCAUGUGACAGCAGACAGACAGACGCUGACUUCUUUUGCCUGCUCGGAUCAGUGACUGUUACCAGGAUGGAUCUGAUGGAGAUGGAUGACGGCAUGCUUAUGAAGAGGAACCUCAUCAUGGAAGACCUCGGGACCAGAGAUCUUCAGAGGAGAAAAGCCCCCUCCAGAUGUAUUUCUGUGUGUCUUGGAUUACUGUGUGCAGUCCUGUUAGCUGGAAACAUAGGACAAUUUGUUUACUAUAACAGUCAUCCACGGAACUGUAUCGACAUGCAGGAUAGUUAUGAGCACCUGCAAAGAGAGAAGGCUGAGUUACAGUCUAAUUUCUCUUCAAUGAGGAGCGACAGGGAUGAGCUGCAAAUCCACAACACAAAUGUGACUCUCAGUAAAAAUCAACUUCAGAACAGAUACAAUUCACUGAUGACUGACAAAGAAGCACUGGAGAACAGUUAUGAUGCUCUGAAGAGGGAACAAGAGCAGCUACAGACCAAUCACAGCAGUUUGGAAACAGAUAGGGAAGAGUUAGAGAAGACGAUUGACAAAGUAAGAAAUGACCUGACUAAAGAGAAAGACCAGCUACAGCAAAGCUACAACACCCUAACACAAGAGAGGGAUCAGUUACAGACAAACAUGCAGAGGAAUUAUGACAACCUGCAAAGAGAGAAGAAUGAGUUACAGACAAAUUUUACCAUGAUGAGAACUAACAGAGAUGAGUUACAGAGGAAUUAUUCCUCAAUGAUGAGUGAAAAGGACCAGCUGCAAACAAGUAAAGAAGCUCUGCAGAGAGAAAAGGAGCAGCUAGUGAAAAAGAUCAACACGUUAAAUGCCCGACCCUGUGAGACAGGCUGGAAGAAGUUCCGUGACAGAUGUUACUAUGCGUCAACAAGAAGGACGACGUGGAGUUUGAGCAGGGACUACUGCAUCACCAAGGGAGCUGACCUGGUCAUCAUAAACAGCAGUGAAAAACGGGAUUUUGUCAGUAGGCUGGUGACUGCAGGAGUAAACACCUGGAUUGGUCUGACUGACCGUGUUGGAGAGGGGACUUGGAUGUGGGUGGAUGGGACCCCUGUAAACACUACGUACUGGGAGGCCGGUCAGCCCAACAGCCAUGGAGGGGACCAGGACUGUGGAGAAAUGGUGCAGAAGGGAGAGUGGAACGAUGAAGGCUGUUCUAAUGAAAACAAGUGGAUCUGUGAAAAAUGAGAUCUCUGUAAUUUAGAGUUGAUGAGUGUGUGUAGGGUGUGUUCUCUUAAUGUCUAAACCUGAUGAUAUUGUGCAUUUGUUCAUUGUAAGAAUAAAAAAGAAAAUAUGAAUGAAAUAACAGAAAUAUGAUGAUCAUGCAUGUGUGUGUGUGUGUGUGUGUGUGUGUGUGUGUGUGUGUGUGUGUGUGUGUGUGUGUGCAUACUGCAUUUACUGUAUACAUUUGAGUUGCUUUGUUUUACAAAUACAUUUAGUAAUUGUGGCCCUUUUCAUCGAAUGUAUGUAGCAAAUUGUCCUCUGUGUGAUUAAUAAAAACUCAUAAAAUGUUAAAUAAUAA